GGAAGCCAAGCAAAGCUAUAAAAAUAGUGACUACUCAGUACUAUCGGUCGAAUUUUGAAAGAAUUGGUUUUGUUUGACAAUGGAGAUUGACCCUAGUGAGAAUGACGUCGAGUUUACGGUUGCUCCCUAUCAGUUUGAGCCAAUUUUGGUGGCAACUGACGCAGAAAGCGAGGACAUAACAACAAGCGAAGAGGAAAGUGAAAGUGACAGCGCCGCCGGUAACGAGGCCCAUGUUCGACAAGUUGAUCAAUGGUGUGACUGUGGCCACUGUGAACAAAUGCCAACUGACUUGGAAUGUAGAUGUUGCUGCAGUUUCAAUCUGUGUCAGUAUAAGAUGGAACAGGACAACAUAAAGUGCAUCACAGAACAUGAAGGAUUCCAGGUGAAUUGCCUCAACAGACAUGUUCUGGAACUUUCAUUUUAUGAAUACCUUGAUAACUAUGGACCAAUAGGAGAUGAGGAGCCAGGUCAUGAAAACUGGUCACGACGUAGUGCUGUUUCAAUGACGACAUGCUUGGAUAAGUUCUCUCUGUAUAGCAGAAACAUAUAAAGUAUAUACGUCUCUAUGUAGAGUAAAGAAAAUGAUUGCAAACUGACUUUCCAGCUACUUUUAGGAAAUAUCGCAACGGUGACAUCGGAAUGUCACGUUUGUCGAAUGC